UGGAACGUACAUUGUAUGUAUCUCUUUUAAGUUUACCAGAGAGAAGUGGAGGUUGCUGGGAGAAGCUGGAGGAUGUGUGUGUUUUUACAGUAAACCGUUUUCUUUUGGACUCUUUACUGGAUCCUAUUUGUCGCGUCACUGGAUUGAAUGCCAAAGUAUACGGGUGUUUUUAUUUCGUUUUGGAUAGCUGGACUUGGUGAAGAGGAGCUCCAACAAUGGCAGAAGCCCAUCAGGCGGUUGCAUUUCAGUUUACCGUUACACCGGAGGGGAUUGACCUCCAGCUUAGUCAUGAGGCUUUCAAGCAGAUCUACCUCUCGGGAGUCCGCUCCUGGAAAAAGAAAUUGGCUAGAAUCAAGAACAGCAUAAUCACUGGGGUUUAUCCUGCUAGUCCCUCCAGCUGGCUGUUUGUAGUAAUUGCCAUCAUGUCUACUAUGUUUGCACGUGUUGAUCCUUCUAUGGGCAUGAUAGAGAAAAUAAAAGAGCACCUUCCUGCCAGUGAUUAUUUAUCACACAGUGGUCAGAAGGUACUGAGCGCUUUACUCUUUGCCACAGCACUCUGGCUUGCACUGAUUAUGAUGAUGAGGUACAUUCUCAAGCUGUUGCUGUCUUAUCAUGGCUGGAUAUUUGAACAGCAUGGAAGAAUGUCCAACAUUACCAAGGUUUGGCUGGCACUGGUUAAGAUAUUCUCUGGUCGGACCCCCAUGCUGUACAGUUACCAGGCUUCUCUCCCACGUCUUCCUGUACCUGCGGUUAAAGAUACCAUGCAGAGGUAUUUGGAAUCUGUGCAACCACUGACAGAUGACCAACAGUUCAAGAGAAUGUCUGCACUGGCAAAAGAUUUUGAGCUAAAUCUUGCUCCUCGCCUCCAGCGAUACUUGAAAGUGAAGUCCUGGUGGUCUUCAAACUAUGUCAGCGACUGGUGGGAGGAGUACAUUUAUCUGAGAGGCCGUAGUCCAAUCAUGGUGAACAGUAAUUAUUAUGCUAUGGAUUUUCUGUAUGUAACUCCAACGCCAGUUCAAGCAGCCCGAGCAGCUAAUGCUGUGUAUGCAUUGCUGAUGUAUAGACGCCUACUCACCCGAGAGGAAAUAAGACCGAGCAGGGUGCCAGGCUCAUUCAUCCCACUGUGCUCCAGCCAGUGGGAGAGGAUGUUUAAUACGACCCGUUUACCAGGCGAGGAGACAGAUACAAUACAGCACCAUCUGGACAGCAAACACAUUGUGGUGUACAAUAGGGGACGCUUCUUCCGGGUCUGGGUAUACCAUGGUGGAAGAUUACUAAAACCUAGGGAGUUGGAGAUCCAGUUUCAGAAGAUUUUGGAUGACAAAUCUUUGCCAGUUCCAGGAGAAGAGAAGAUAGCUGCAUUGACAGCCAGUGACAGGCUACCAUGGGCAAAGGCACGCAAGAGCUAUUUCCAAAGUGGAAAGAACCGGCAGUCUUUAGAUGCUGUGGAGAAAGGAGCCUUUUUCCUGACCUUGGAUGAUGCAGAACAGGGGCUGAAUGAGUCUGAGCCAGUAAAAUCCCUCGAUAAUUAUGCCAAAUCUCUGCUGCAUGGAAAGUGUUAUGACAGAUGGUUUGACAAGUCAUUCACCCUAAUUGCCUUUAAGAAUGGAAAGCUGGGCCUGAAUGCCGAGCACUCCUGGGCAGAUGCGCCAAUCAUUGGACACCUUUGGGAGUAUGUGCUAGCAACUGACUGCUUCAAACUUGGUUAUAAUUCAGAAGGGCAUUGCAAGGGAGAUGCUGAUUCUGCCAUUCUUCCACCACAGAGACUUCACUGGGAAAUACCUGAAGAGUGCCAAGAAAUAAUAAACACUUCCUUGAAUGUUGCUCAAGCCUUGGCUAAUGAUGUUGACUUCCAUGUCUUACCAUUCCGAGAAUUUGGAAAAGGCUUGAUAAAGAAAUGCAAGACAAGCCCUGAUGCCUUCAUUCAGCUGGCACUGCAGCUUGCACAUUACAGGGAUAAAGGUAUUUUCUGUUUGACAUAUGAAGCUUCUAUGACACGCCUCUUCCGGGAAGGGAGAACAGAGACUGUCCGUUCCUGCACAAAUGAAUCCUGCAGUUUUGUCAAGGCAAUGGUUGAUUCUCAAAAAACAAAUGAAGAACGAUUAAAACUUUGCCGUAUUGCUGCUGAGAAACACCAAAUGCUGUAUCGUCUUGCCAUGACUGGAGCUGGAAUUGAUAGACAUCUCUUCUGUCUCUACGUUGUCUCAAAGUACCUCGGAGUGGACUCUCCGUUUCUGAAGGAGGUUUUAUCAGAACCUUGGCGUCUCUCCACUAGUCAGACUCCUAUCCAGCAGGUUUCACUGUUUGACUUGGCAAACCAUCCUGAGUAUGUUUCUUGUGGUGGAGGAUUUGGGCCUGUCGCUGACGAUGGUUAUGGGGUUUCCUAUAUUAUUGUCGGAGAAGACUUGAUCAACUUCCAUAUCUCUUGCAAGCAUUCUGGGCAAGGCACGGAUUCCCACCGCUUUGGCAGGAACAUACAACAGGCACUACUUGAUAUCAUCUCCCUCUACAACUUGAAAUGGAAGGCUUGAUGGUAGAUUGUGCAUUAUUCGAAGACUGCAUCUUAUGCCUAAGAAUAUGGAGAGAAGAUGGAAUGUUUUGAAGGGAAGAAGAAUCACAAAAUAUUUCAAUCAGAAGACUGUUCUGUUUGAUCCUUUGAGCAGCACCCUGUAAUGGAGCAAUGAAAGAACUUAAUGUGUGUACAGAUGUAUUAGUACACAUUUUUGGUCUUGUCUAUCUACAAGGGUCAGUCCUCCUUUUACUAAAUGAUCUUAAACAAUAUAUGCACUGUUAAAGCAAUGCAAUGAGAGGAAGGGACAGACGGAUUCAGUUUUGUUUUUUGUUUUUUUCAAUAAAAUCAAAACUUCAAGUGCUCCA